GUCACAUCCCCUCGCCUAUAACCCUCGCCUAUAAAGUGGUUUCGAGAGCCGCGCGCCCGCCUCAGAUACACUCCACCCUUGAGCAUGUCCGGGCAUUGCCUCUUCAUCAUGACGAGAUUACUCUUAUUAUUUCUGGUGGCACUGCCACUAUGUGCAGCUCAGUUUAGAAUUCAAGGACCAAGCGAUGGUAAUCGAAAAGCUCAAGGUUUAACGUACGAUAGACAAAAGGGUAUUAGUUAUGAUGAUCAAAAAGAAUCAUUAGGUACAGGAGAUUUUUCAAUUCAAGGUGCCAGUGAUGGAACCACAAAUUUUAAUAUCCAAGGUGCAUCAGACGGAAAUUCCGAUUUCCAAAUCCAUGGCGCAUCAGACGGCAGGGCUGAAUACUAUGGACCAACGACCGGAAACGCAAAUUUCCAAAUUCAAGGAGCUACGGACGGAAAUGCAAACUUCCAGAUUCAAGGUGCUACGGAUGGAAACGCUAAUUUCCAGAUCCAGGGAGCUACGGAUGGAAAUGCUAAUUUUCAAAUUCAAGGAGCUACUGACGGACACAGUCAGAGCUCUGUCCAAGGUCCUUAUGAUGGUAAUCAAGGAGGACAGCGCGCUUUACAAUACAAAGAUGCUAACAGUGGAGCAAACGUCAAUUGGAAAUCAUAUCAUCAUUCAGCAAGAGCACAUGCUGUUCCAAGUCCUCAACAGUAUGAACCAGCACCAGCUCCAAUUCCUAGACGUAGGAAACAAAAACAACAGUAUCAACAACAAGCAGAAGCUCCUGUAGCUCCUGUAGCUCCUGUAGCUCCUGCUCAAAGACAAUACCCAAAUUACAAAGUAUUCGAUAAAGCGCCACCGCAAAUUCAGCAAAUACUUCAAUUCCAACAGCAAAUUCCCUACAUGAACAUUAUUCCCGAACAGUUUAGAUAUGAAUUCAAUAGUGCAUUAGCAUACCAAAAUCAGCCACAGGCUCAGCGACAAGCUCAACCUGAACCAGCACCAGUACAAGCUGCAGCUGAGCCAGCACCUGAAGCUCAUCAGCCUGUAGAACAACGGCCUCGUUCUCCGUACCGCGGAAGACCACGUGGGCCAGCGAGACAGAAACGUCAAGCUGGACAGCCUCGUCAUAGCCGUCAGCAAUCAAGACACCACCAACAACAACAACAACAGCAACAACGACAACAACAACAGCCUCAACAACAACCACAACCAAAACUACAAACGAAUGUUCCAUCUCGUAUCCAAGAGCUGCUUAACUUCCAGCAGCAAAUUCCUUACGUCAAUCAUAUUCCCGAACAAUGGAGGUAUGAAGCUUUAUUGGCUCAAGAAAAGAAUUUGCCUCAACCAAAAUUCCAACGUCAACCUGAACCAGAACCAGUUCGUCACAGCCAACGUGUAAGACAAAAGCGUCAAACUCAUACGCAAGCUCAACCUCAUUACAGCACAAAUCUUCCGGCCCAUUUACAAGAAUUGUUGAAAUUCCAAGCACAGACUCCUUAUGUCAACGGUAUUCCUGAGCAUCUUAGGUACGAAAGACUAGCAGCUCAACAAGGAUCCCAACACAGACAAAAACGUCAAACUCAUGCGCAAGCUCAACCUCAUUACAGUACCAAUUUACCGGCUCAUUUACAAGCACUGUUGAAAUUCCAAGCACAGACCCCUUAUGUCAACGGUAUUCCCGAACAUCUUAGGUAUGAGCGAUUAGCAGCCCAACAAGGAUCUCAACACAGACAAAAACGUCAAACUCACGCUCAAGCUCAACCUCACUACAGUACCAAUUUACCAGCUCAUUUACAAGAAUUGUUGAAGUUCCAAGCACAGACCCCUUAUGUCAACGGUAUUCCUGAGCAUCUUAGAUACGAGAGAUUAGCGGCUCAACAAGGAAGUCAACAUCGCCAAAAACGUCAAGCUCAACAUCAGCAGCCUCAACAACAACAACAACAACAGCCUGAUUUAUCUCAAUACAAAAGAAUAUCUCAACCCGCAGCCGAACCUCAACCGCACUACAGUACUAAUCUCCCGGCUCAUAUUCAACAAUUACUAAAAUUUCAAUCCCAAACUCCAUACACCAGUGGCAUUCCAGAAAAAUUCAGUGCCGACAAAAUAAUUGGUAAUCACAGACAAAAGCGUCAAGCACCGCAGCAACCGCAACAAGAAGUUGAUUUGUCCCAGUACAGCAGGAUAGCUCAACCACAAGUAGAAACAGCUCCCCAAUAUUCAACUAAUCUUCCAAAUUCGAUAAAAGAGCUCUUGCAAUUUCAAUCACAAGUUCCUUACAAUAUAAUUGCCAACAGUAUAAGUUAUAAAUUAGACAAACCUUACGUCCCUCAACAAGUUGCACCCGCCCCAAUAACACCUUAUCAACAUCAACCAGAGCCCCAACAGCUUCAACCUCAACCUCAACCCCAAUCUCAAUAUAUUCAACCUCAACCCCAACCUCAAUCUCAAUAUAUUCAACCUCAGUAUCAACAACCACAACCAUAUCAACAGCCUGAGCCUCAGCCUCAACCUCAACCUCUUCCGACGCACCCUCAAUUUCAACAACUCAAUCAUCAACUCAAUCAACAAUUGAAACAACAAUCUCAACUUAUCCGCCCGCAGUAUCAUCCCAAUGCGGUUUCUACUUACAAUCAACAACCCCAGCAGUAUCCACAUUUUGCGCAGUCACAAAGCGGCAUUCGCCCCGUUACCGAAAAUCAGUAUUGAGUGAUUUAUUAAAUACAAGAUACACAGUUACAAAUUUUGUGUAUUUGUGUUAAAAAAUUACUUGCUUAAAUUUCUCGUGUUGAUUUUCAACACAGAAAGCUGUUAAUUCAACACAAACCGUUUGUGUUAUUUUACUUUAACUGAUUUUUUAUAUUAAAUGAUUAGAAAAUCUGUACUGUAACAAAUUUCUUGUGGUAUUCAAAAAUUAACACAAAAUUUGUGUUGUUUAGCUAAACACUCUUGCGCGUUUCUUCAUUACUAUAACCGAGCAAAGCAUUGCAGCAGCAUUGUCUGCAAGGAAACUUAGAUUAUAAUUGAUUUACAAUUAAAUAUCAUCAUAGAUAACUUUCAUAUUUUUUUAUGAUCAGGUUCAAUGAUUUUUUUAUUUAUAUUUUACGGGAGGAUAAUUCAUAGCUCCGUUUUUUAGAAAUCACAGAAAAUCGAACUAAUUGUUUGCUAAAUUGACAUAAGUUGUACUAGGGGUAGAUCAGUAUACUUGAGUUGGUUAGAUUGUGUGCUUAUAUUUAUUAGAUAAUUUUAACACGAAAAGUCUGUUAAAUUUACACAAAUUUUCUGUCAAAAUAACAGAUUUUGUGUUCAAUUAUUUAACAUAAAAUUUGUGUUAAAGAUCAACACAAACGCAAUGUGUUGAAUUAACACUAAAAUUUGUGUAGACCGUUUGCAACACGAUUUGUGUUUAAUUUAACACAAAAUUUCUAACUGUGUACUGUUAUCAUUAAAAAGAAAAAAAUAAUAAAUUUGUAUUUAUUUAUAUAAUAGUAAUUAUUAAUUAUUAAUCAUGAUCUAUCGGUAUGUUAUUGAUAUUAUUGAUGAUAAAAUAAUAAUAUUUUUUUGUCUACGUCAGUACAUAACGUAAUCUUUUGCAGUUGUGGUGAACAAACUGGUUCAUUCACGCAAUGUGAUAGUUGAUAGUUUAAAUACUUUAAAAAUGUGUAUGUAUAUUUUUAAGACUUUUAUACUUUUAUAUCUAUUAAAAAAUAAACAUGUUUUGUAUAAGUAAA